UCGAGCUGCACUCGGCCGGGCUCUUGGCAGCGCCCUGGGCUCUGAGGUUGUCUUGGCAACCCCGGAUCAGAUUUCGGCCGCCAGCGUCCACAGCCUAAGAAAUACAGACUCACACAUACUGCAGGACUUCCAGAAAGAAAUCAUCCACUGACUCUUAAAAGUAAGGAACUCUGUGUUCUUACUCUGAUGUCUACAUAACCGGGAUCUUAUAAGUAAGCCAAAGACAUCAAAAUGGCUUUGCCUAGAAGCCAAAGCCAUUGGUCCAAUGCAGACAUCUUGAGGUUACUGGAAUGCAUGGAGAAUAAUCUCCCAUCUGAUGACAACGGCACGUUCAGCUCAACUCAGUCACACAUGGACUGGGGAAAAGUAGCUUUUAAAAACUUUUCUGGUGAAAUGUGCAGACUCAAAUGGUUAGAGAUUUCUUGCAGCUUGAGAAAAUUCAGCACUUUGAAAGAAUUAGUCCUGGAAGCUAAGAAAUGUGUUAAAAAUACAAACAAAAGCCAAAAAGGCAGGAACCAUCCAGACUUUCCAAAGAGGCCCCUUACUGCUUAUAUCCGCUUCUUCAAGGAGAAUUGGCCCCAGUACUCCCAAAUGUACCCUGGGAUGAGAAGCCAGGAACUGACCAAAAUCCUGUCAAAGAAAUACAAGGCGCUCCCAGAGCAGAUGAAACAGAAAUAUAUUCAGGAUUUCCAGAAGGAAAAGCAAGAAUGUGAGGAAAAACUUGCUCGAUUCAGGGAAGAACACCCUGACUUAGACCAGAAGGGCAAGAAAUCUGAUAUCUCCAAGAGGGUUCAAACCAAAGUGCAAAAGAAGGUUCAGAAAAAUAUUGAAGAAGUGAGGUCUCUUCCAAAAACAGAUUGAUUUUUCAAGAAGGUAAAAUUUCAUGGAGAGCCUCAGAAACCCCCCAUGAAUGGAUACCACAAGUUUCACCAAGAUUCCUGGUCAAGUAAGGAGCUGCAACAUUUGUCCCUGAGGGAGCGCAUGGUAGAGAUUGGCAGACGCUGGCUGCGCAUCCCGCAGAGCCAGAAGGAUCAUUAUAAGAGCCAGGCUGAGGAGCUGCAGAAGCAAUACAAAGUGAAAUUGGAUCUCUGGCUCAAGACUUUGUCACCUGAAGAUUAUGCUGCAUACAAAGAAUCGACCUAUGCUAAGGGUAAGAAUAUGGCAAUGACAGGAGGUCCGGCCCCCAACUUGAGACAAACAGAUCCGCAGUCCUCAUCAGCAAAGGGUCUGCAAGAAGGGUUUGGGGAGGGGCAGGGGCUCCAGGCUGCAGGAGCAGAUGCAUCACAGACUAUUUGGGUAAACUGUCACAUCUCCAUGGAACCAGAAGAGAACAGGAAGAAAGAUGGCGAAGAGGAAGAAAGCAGUACCUCUUUAGACUGCAGUAGUGGAGAAGAAAUGGAAGUUGAUGUCUGAGGGCAGUGACUCUAAUGCAGCUUCCUCAGAGGACUUCUAACUGGGACUCCACCUGACUCAGACUCCGCCUGACUCAGACUCCAGGGUCAGGCAGAGUUUCUCCACAAAAGCCCAUUCAU